AUGGAGUACACGAGGAAGGAGUACCAUGCCAGUAAUGAAGGCAAACAUAAUCACCAGGUUUAUGAUUCAACGAUGGAGGCAAAGCCUAAGUUCGUCGAAAAUGUUUAUAUGGCAUCCAGGGGCUUUCAGGCACCCAUGCCAGAGGCUCAGAAGAAGGUGAAAGUGGUGUUUCAUGAAUAUGCUGAGAAGGAUAACCGCAAAUUCUAUGAAGAAGAAGACGUUAAUGAUGAAGCUGAGGAGUUCAUUGAGCUUAAGCACAAAAAGUUUGAAAUGAGCAAGUGGACGUCCACGAAGUAUUGA